CUUGACACAGACUGGGUGCCACGAGGCGGACAAGGGCGGACCAGGUCAUAUAAAAGGGCGCGGAGUGCCGCAGGAGGAUUCAGUUCUUCUCUGUCUCUUCGUCCACCACAGUCAUGAGGAUCCAGGUCCUGGUGGUGGUGAGCCUGGCUACGUGCCUCUUGGGGGCUAAACUACCAUAUUCAGCCUCAUCUGAGGAAGACAGUACCACUCAGGUCUUGAGUCGUACUGUCUCUGUGAAGACCCCUGAGAGGAAAUCCAGUGUUAUCUCACACUUCCUACCUGCCGAUCACAGAUAUGAAGCUACGGGAUCUGUUAACAUCAAUAAAGGCCCUUCUUCCUCUAGAGCUGCCACUCCUGCACCUGUUAGUGCACCAGUUGCCAAAGUUCCAGCCCCUCCAGCACGCAAAAGCCCUGUAUCCAUUGCACGCACUGUGAGUGUAAAAACUCCAGAGAGAAAAUCAAGUGUCAUCUCUCACUUCACUCCUGCUGACCACCGUUAUGAAGCCACUGGAAGCGUAGUGAUUAACACAGGCUCUUCUGGCCCAGCGAGAUCACGGCCCGCACCGGUGCCUGUGCCAACUGCACCACGUGUUGUUGCUUCUCCUCCACCAGCCCCAGUCACGCCUUCCCCCUCGCCAGCUGCUAAGCUAUCGCUAUCCCGUACUGUUUCUGUCAAGACUCCUGAAAGAAAAUCAAGUGUUAUCUCUCACUUCACACCUGCUGACCACCGUUAUGAGGCUACUGGAUCCGUUGUCAUCAAUCAGUCUUCUGGAUCACCCUCUGCUGCUCGAGUACAAAAGACUCCUGAAAGAAAAUCAAGUGUUAUCUCUCACUUCACACCUGCUGACCACCGUUAUGAGGCUACAGGAUCUGUUGUCAUCAAUCAGUCUUCUGGAUCAUCACGAGUAUCAUCCUCAGCUGCUCGUGUGCAAAAGACUCCUGAGAGAAAAUCAAGUGUCAUCUCUCACUUCACACCUGCUGACCACCGCUAUGAAGCCACUGGAUCUGUUGUCAUCAACCAGUCGUCUGGAUCAUCACAAGCAAGAAAGACUUCAUCCUCUGCUGCUCGUGUCCAGAAGGUGUCACUCUCUCUCACCCGCACUGUCUCUGUCAAGACUCCUGAGAGAAAAUCAAGUGUCAUCUCUCACUUCACACCUGCAGACCACCGCUAUGAAGCCACUGGAUCUGUUGUCAUCAACCAGGCUUCAGGGUCAUCACGAGCAACCCAGGCAUCAUCUGCUGCUCGAGUCCAGAAGGUCUCAUCUGCAGCUGCUGCCUCUAAGCUCUCUCUCACCCGCACUGUCUCUGUCAAGACUCCUGAGAGAAAAUCAAGUGUCAUCUCCCACUUCACACCUGCUGACCACCGCUAUGAAGCCACUGGAUCUGUUGUCAUCAACCAGUCGUCUGGAUCAUCACAAGCAAGAAAGACUUCAUCCUCUGCUGCUCGUGUCCAGAAGGUGUCACUCUCUCUCACCCGCACUGUCUCUGUCAAGACCCCUGAGAGAAAAUCAAGUGUCAUCUCUCACUUCACACCUGCUGACCACCGCUAUGACGCCACUGGAUCUGUCGUGAUUAAUCAGUCGUCUGGAUCAUCACAAGCAAGAAAGACUUCAUCCUCUGCUGCCCAAGUCCAAAAGGUAGCAAUUCCAGCUCCAGCUCCAGCUCCUGCACCAGUUAGACCUGCUGUUUCUGCUGCUGCACAAGCUGCCUCAGCUGCAGGUUCAUCAGCUUCUAAGCUCUCUCUAACUCGCACUGUAUCUGUCAAAACACCAGAAAGAAAAUCUGGUGUUAUCUCUCAUUUCACACCUGCAGACCACCGGUAUGAGGCCACAGGGUCAGUUGUCAUUAACCAGGCUUCUGGUUCCUCUAGAAAGACGUCCUCUGCCUCAGCAGCAGCUGCUGCUCGUGCUCAGCAGGCAGCAGAAGCUGCUCGUGCCCAGCAGGCGGCAGAAGCUGCUGCUCGUGCCAAGCAGGAAGCAGCAGAAAGUGCUCGUGCCCAGGAGGCAGCAGCAGCUUUACAUGCUCAGCAGGUGGCAGAAGCUGCUCGUGCCCAGCAGGCAGCAGCAGCAGCUUCUUCUGCCUUAAAGUUAUCACUGUCUCGCACUGUCUCUGUCAAGACACCUGAAAGAGAGUCGAGUGUCAUCUCUCAUUUUACGCCUGAAGAUCAUCGUUAUGAAGCCACAGGUUCAGUUGUCAUUAACCAGGGUUCUGCCGGUUCCUCACGAAAAACCUCAAGUGGCUCAUUUAGCAGCCAAGGUGCAUCGUCUGUGAGCUCUAGUGCUACUGGACAAUCAUCUUCAUCUCGUGGCGCACAGUCUUCAAGUUCUAGGAAGCAUGCUUCCUCAGGAUUGGCAUCCUCUUCCAGUGGCAGUGGACUGGCAUCCUCUUCCAGUGGCAGUGGACUGGCAUCCACUUCCAGUGCCAGUGGAUUCUUGUCUUCAGCUGGUAGACAGGCAUCCUCUUCCAGUGCCAGUGGUCUGGCUUCCUCAGUCAGCAGUAUCAAACAAGCAUCCCAGUCUUCUUCCAGGUUUUCUUCAUCCUCAGCUUCAUCAGGAUCUCGCUCAUACUCAUACCGCCUCGCAGAGCCCUUUCGAGGUGGAAGUUCCUUCUCAUCAGCUGACCUGAUGGAAGAAAUGUUGGCUUUCCGGGCAGAAGCAGCCAAGUCUGGUGUCGCUUACCCUGAGUUUAGAGAUACCGGCGAUGGCAGCGGCUCUGACCCCUACGCCUUCAACGUCCGAGUGGAAGACCACGAGAAUACGAAUUACCAGAGUCGAGAUGAAUGGGUUGGGGAAGACGGCAUAACCCGCGGCUGGUAUACCGUGCUGAUGCCCGAUGCCUUCUUCUAUAACUACUCCUACAUUGCCCACCCCAUUAAAGGUUACCAGGUCACAGUCAGCAAGCAGGAUUCGGGCAUCGACAUGAAGGAUGUUGAAGCCGACAUCUUCGCCCCGGCCACCGUCUUCUCGAACAAGGGUAUCACCAGGUUCUCUGACUUCGCCAUCUCCGGUGUAAACAACCAAGACGAUGGACCCAACCUUAACAUGGAGUUCGACGUCAACUCGGCCGCGCUUUUCGCCCAGUCCAUGGCGGAAGCGAUGCAGAAUCCCCGGUCAUCGACGUCCAGCUCUAGGCCAGUAGAGGUACAUGGAGCACCUGCCCAUAUCAACGGGUUCGCGCUCGUCCGUGACCACGGUUCUUCGGGAUCCUCCUCCGGUAGCAGGUUCGCUGGCUCAAGCAGUGUCUCAUCUGGGUCCUCCUCCGGCAGCAGCUUCACAGGCUCAAGCGGUGUCUCAUCUGGGUCCUCCUCCGGUAGCAGGUUCACAGGCUCAAGCGGUGGCUCAUCUGGGUCGUCCUCCGGCAGCAGGUUCACAGGCUCAAGCGGUGUCUCAUCGGGCUCUUCAAGUCAUAGGUUUGGUUCUUCAAGUUCAUCGUCAGGUAGCUCUUCCUCCUCUGUGAGUGGUGGCUCAUCGUCCUUCUCAGGAAGUCAGUCAUUUUCCGGUUCAUUCUCCGGGUCAUCUUCGUCGGGAGCAUCUGCUGAAGAGUCUCAGAUUAGACAGUCAAGUUCUGGCUUCUCUGGUGCAUCAGCAGGGUCGGCAGGUUCCAAGUUAUCUCUCACCCGCACAGUAUCAGUCAAGACUCCCCAAAGAACUUCUGGAGUCAUUUCCCACUUCACACCUAAGGACCAUCAGUAUGAGGCCACUGGAUCAGUAGUCAUCAACCAAGCUUCCAGAGGAUCAUCAUCCUCUGCCGCUCGUGUCCAGAAAGUAGCAGUAGCCUCAGCUGCAGCUUCUUCUGCCUCCAAGCUCUCUCUUACUCGCACCGUCUCUGUUAAGACCCCAGUAAGAGAAUCAAGUGUCAUCUCUCACUUCACACCUGCAGACCACCGCUAUGAAGCCACUGGAUCUGUUGUCAUCAACCAGGCUUCAGGGUCAUCACGAGCAACCCAGGCAUCAUCUGCUGCUCGAGUCCAGAAGGUCUCAUCUGCAGCUGCUGCCUCUAAGCUCUCUCUCACCCGCACUGUCUCUGUCAAGACUCCUGAGAGAAAAUCAAGUGUCAUCUCCCACUUCACACCUGCUGACCACCGCUAUGAAGCCACUGGAUCUGUUGUCAUCAACCAGUCGUCUGGAUCAUCACAAGCAAGAAAGACUUCAUCCUCUGCUGCUCGUGUCCAGAAGGUGUCACGGGCUGUCUCAUCUGCAGCUGCUGCCUCUAAGCUCUCUCUCACCCGCACUGUCUCUGUCAAGACUCCUGAAAGAAAAUCAAGUGUCAUCUCCCACUUCACACCUGCUGACCACCGCUAUGAAGCCACUGGAUCUGUCGUGAUCAAUCAGUCGUCUGGAUCAUCACAAGCAAGAAAGACUUCAUCCUCUGCUGCUCGUGUCCAGAAGGUGUCACGCUCGAUCCCCGCUGUAGCUCCUUCCGACGCCAAUUUAUCUCUCACCCGCACUAUUUCGGUCAAAACUCCCGAGAGGAAAUCCAGCGUUAUUUCCCACUUCACGCCCGCCGAUCACCGCUAUGAAGCCUCAGGAUCCGUCACCAUCAACAAGUCCUCCGUCGGAGCCACCCGCGCCGUGACCCCAAGCGCCAGAGUAGUUCCCAGCGCCCCUGCAGCACCCGCCCCUGCACGAUCAGCCCCAGCACCCUCGCCCAAGCCAGCGGCAGCCUCUCUCACUCGCACAAUCUCCGUGAAAACCCCCGAGAGAAAGUCGAACGUGAUCUCCUUCUUCGUUCCCGCGGACCACAGCUACGACGCGACCGGCUCCGUCACCAUCAACAAAUCAUCCUAA